UGCAAACAAGCAGUUAUUGCGAAUACACAAAAAGUGAACUGGAAAAGAGAAGCUGAAAAGCUAACACUUAAAAAAGAAAACAGUCAAGAGCAUUAUUAAUAUUUAUUGAAAAUCGCGAAACACAUUAAAUUGCUUUUAACAGCAAGAAGUUGAAAACGGAUAGAGAUUGUCAAUCGAGAAGAGAGUCAAAUAAACAACAGAAUGCCAGCUAUUGGUAUUGACUUGGGCACCACGUACUCGUGCGUUGGUGUUUUCCAACACGGAAAGGUGGAGAUAAUAGCCAACGACCAGGGCAACCGGACCACACCCAGCUAUGUGGCGUUCACAGAUUCUGAGAGGCUGAUCGGAGAUGCGGCCAAGAACCAAGUGGCCAUGAAUCCGAAGAACACAGUCUUCGACGCCAAGCGUUUGAUUGGACGCAAGUUCGAUGACUCGAAGAUUCAAGAAGAUAUGAAGCAUUGGCCUUUCAAGGUGGUCAGCGACGGCGGCAAACCAAAGAUGAGCGUGGAGUUCAAGGGUGAACAGAAGAGCUUUGCCCCCGAGGAGAUUAGCUCGAUGGUGCUUGUCAAGAUGAAGGAGACAGCCGAAGCCUAUUUGGGUACCACCAUAAAAGACGCCGUCAUCACUGUGCCGGCGUACUUCAAUGAUUCACAGCGCCAAGCCACCAAAGACGCCGGUGCCAUUGCCGGGCUGAACGUUCUUCGCAUUAUAAACGAGCCAACUGCAGCCGCCUUGGCAUAUGGCCUGGAUAAGAAUCUUAAGGGCGAGCGCAAUGUGCUGAUAUUCGAUCUGGGAGGCGGCACUUUUGAUGUGUCCAUUCUGACCAUUGACGAGGGUUCGCUGUUUGAGGUGCGAGCCACUGCUGGAGAUACACAUCUGGGUGGUGAAGACUUUGACAACAGGCUGGUUAGCCAUUUGGCGGACGAAUUCAAGCGCAAGUAUAAGAAGGAUCUGCGCUCCAAUCCGAGAGCGCUGCGUCGCUUGAGGACGGCUGCAGAGCGAGCGAAGCGCACCUUGUCCUCAAGCACGGAAGCGUCCAUUGAGAUAGAUGCCGUGUUCGAGGGUCAUGACUUUUACACAAAGAUUAGUCGAGCGCGCUUUGAGGAGCUCUGUGGCGAUCUGUUCCGUAACACACUGCAGCCGGUGGAGAAGGCGCUGAACGAUGCCAAGAUGAACAAGAACCAAAUCCACGAUAUCGUCCUGGUUGGUGGCUCAACACGCAUUCCUAAGGUUCAAAGCCUGCUGCAAAACUUCUUCUGCGGGAAGAGCCUCAAUCUGUCCAUCAAUCCAGACGAGGCGGUGGCAUACGGUGCAGCCAUCCAGGCUGCUAUUCUAUCUGGAGACGAGAGCAGCGCCAUCAAGGAUGUGCUGCUGGUGGACGUAGCACCGCUCUCACUGGGCAUAGAGACAGCUGGUGGAGUGAUGACGAAGCUAAUUGAGCGAAACAGCCGCAUUCCUUGCAAGCAGUCGAAGACUUUCACCACAUACGCAGACAACCAGCCCGCAGUGACUGUCCAAGUGUUUGAGGGAGAGCGCGCUUUGACGAAGGACAACAACGUACUGGGCACCUUCAACCUGACCGGCAUUCCACCAGCACCUCGCGGUGUGCCCAAGGUGGAGGUGACCUUCGACCUAGACGCCAAUGGCAUUCUGAAUGUGAAUGCCAAGGAGAUGGGCACAGGCAAUGCCAAGAACAUCACCAUCAAGAAUGAUAAGGGUCGCCUCUCGCAGGCCGACAUUGAUCGCAUGGUGAGCGAGGCCGAAACCUACGCCGAAGAGGAUGAGAAACAUCGCCAGAGAAUCGCUGCUCGCAACCAGCUGGAGAGCUAUGUAUUUGGCGUGAAAGAGGCUGCCGAGCAGGGUGGCGACAAGCUCACCCAGUCGGACCGCAGCAGUGUGCUCGAUAAGUGCUCUGAGACCAUCAAGUGGCUCGAUGGCAACACGACAGCGGAGAAGGAAGAGUACGAACAUAAGCUGGAGGAGGUGACUAAAUUCUGUAGUCCAGUCAUGACGAAGAUGCACCAGCAAGCAUCUGGAGCCGGAGGCGGUAAUCCUCAAGCUUCCCACAAGGGGCCCACAGUCGAGGAGGUCGACUAAAACAUAGCAGCCAUUUAACCAAAGAGUCCUAAUGAUAACUAGUAUUAAUUAGAUCUCACAGCAUUUAUUAUAUAUUAUGUUAUUUC